AUGCAUUGCCCCGCCUUUCUUCUUACCACUUCAUCUUCAGCAAUGGUUAAUCAGAUAACUGUGCUACCGAGAAAGACAAGCCAGCUUGGUGGUGAGCUUUUGGUUUUGCAAGGUGGGCCCUGCCCAGAUCAUCAGGACGACCCAAUUCUUCACUCUACCUACAUGCCAAGCUACACUUGUCAUUUGAUCCCUUGGAACUCUAUUUCCGAAUCGCAGCCACAAUUUUCUAAUACUAUUCAGGAGAUCGUCAAAGAUUAUGAUGACGAGAAUGAGGCGCAUGCCAAUGAAGGAGGGACAAUAUAUUCGAUUACCACAGAGGUAACAAAUCGGUAUAGUGACUAUCUGUCCUGUCAGGCACCCAAAGUAGCAAGGACAGGUCGCUACAAGCUUCGUCUCCAGAGACUGACAGCCAACAAUGCUUGCUAUGAUGUAUUAUACGAGGGUGAACUAGAGAUCGAUUCUGAUUCUCAAAUGGUCAUUUAUUGA